UAUUUGGAAGAGGUCAAUUGUUUAGGCCACAUGAGAAUUGCCUUCUCUAACUCAUCUAUCUAAACAAAGUCUUCAUUUUUUCAUUAGGGUUUUUGAUUGUUUGGGGCAUUUCCCACACGCAUUGCAAUUUGCAAAGAUGAAGUCUAAAGUUUGUCUAUGCACCCAGUUCCACAAGAGCUUCAUUUUCUACACAGCAUGAUUAUGGCUGUAAGGGUGUUCUUUCGUAAGUAAAGGGUGCACAUAGAUUGUAUUUGCAUGCAAUGGAGCCCUGCAUUACAGAAGGAUUUACAUCAAAUUCAAAUUGAGUCAAUUCGGGAACGAACAUGAUUACGUAUUUUGUUGAAUGGUUCUGAAUACGCUGUUUUUUCAUUAUAAAUUGCUCCUGCAUUGUCGUUUACGCAAUGUCGGACGAUAUGCUGCUUCAUUUCUCCUCCAAUUCAUCCAACCAAUCGGACCAAUCUUUGCCGGCCAAAAUGGCCAAGCUCGAAGCUCGUAUGGUCGGUAAGACUUCGUCCACCCAGCCGCCUGCUCAGUCGCAGUCAACCAGGACCUCCUCCGUCUCACAUGCUGUGAAAUUUGUCGCCUCUGAAAAUUUGAUCGAGCCAACCACUUCGAGUGAUUCAGAUGAUGGCACUGGGGAUGGCUUCCUCAUCCAAGCCAACACUAGGAAGCGCCAGAAACUUCAAGAGGCCAAUGACUCAUCCCUUCCUGAACGUGUUGAGGCAGUGGAAGAUGGAAAGCAAAGCGUGGUGGAUUCCAUAGAGACCAAAAAGAAUGUGGAUGUAAAUAGGAAAAAACAAGGUAGAGGAAGGGGACAAUCACUCUCGAGUAGAGGUCGUGGGUCAAGAGUUAAUGAUCAGAUGAAAUCACAAAUUUCUCUCUCAACAAUUCUACCUACAAAUGGUCAACUUGACAGUUUAUACCUUAAGGAUGGGAUGAGUAAAGAGCAGCUUCGCAUUGAUAAUCGCUCUCCGAUGGAGGAAGAGUUGGUAUCUUUACGAGCAAAGGUAGCUUCAUUGGAGGAGGAUUUGCAAAAAUCACGUCAGGAGUCUUCAGAAUAUCAAAAUCUUUACCAUGAAUUAGAAAAGGAGUUGAAGGAGAUCAAAGAGUACGAACAUCAAAUGAAACCUAAGAGAACGAAAGUGCUAUCUGAUUUGCUGAUAUCUGUUUCAAAGGCUGAGAGACAGGAAGCAAGGAUGAAAGUCCGACAAGACUCCUUGAGACUUGGCAAUGUGGGUGUAAUCAGAGCUGGGACAGUUAUAUCUGAAACAUGGGAGGAUGGACAAGCACUGAAAGAUCUAAAUGCUCAUCUUAAACAAUUACUAGAAACUAAGGAAGCAAUUGAACGUCAACGCAAAUUUUUGAAGAAAAGACAGUCGGACAAAGGUGAUGGGACCGACACUGAAUCGGGAGCCCAAGAAGAGGACAGUUUCAUUCAGGAUGAGAUCUACAAAUCCCGUCUGGCAAGCAUCAAGCGUGAAGAAGAAACUAUUCUACGUGAAAGGGACCGCUAUGAAAUUGAUAAGGGAAGGCUCAUACGUGAAAUGAAGCGAAUACGAGAUGAGGAGGGUUCCCGUUUCAACAAUUUUCAGAUUUUAAAUUACAGAUUUGCCCUUUUGAACCUUCUUGGGAAAGGAGGAUUCAGUGAGGUUUACAAGGCUUAUGACUUGGUUGAGCAUAGAUAUGUUGCAUGUAAGCUGCAUGGACUGAAUGCUCAGUGGAGUGAAGAGAAGAAACAAAGUUACAUAAGGCAUGCAAUUAGGGAGUACAAUAUCCACAAAACAUUGGUGCACAGUCAUAUUGUUCGGCUCUGGGACAUUUUCGAGAUUGAUCAAAAUACAUUCUGUACAGUCUUGGAAUAUUGUAGUGGGAAGGAUCUUGAUGCUGUCCUGAAGUCAACACCAAUAUUGCCUGAGAAAGAAGCCAGGAUUAUCAUAGUUCAGAUAUUUCAUGGCCUUGUUUACUUAAACAAAAGGACACAAAAAAUUAUCCAUUAUGACCUAAAACCUGGUAACGUUCUAUUUGAUGAACUAGGCGUCGCAAAAGUGACAGAUUUUGGUCUAAGUAAAAUAGUUGAGGAUGAUGUUGGAUCUCAGGGUAUGGAACUCACAUCUCAGGGUGCUGGAACAUAUUGGUAUUUACCUCCCGAAUGCUUUGAGCUCAGCAAGACACCUUUAAUAUCAUCUAAGGUUGAUGUCUGGUCAGCGGGAGUACUACUCUAUCAAAUGCUCUUUGGCAGACGUCCAUUUGGGCAUGAUCAGACCCAAGAAAGAAUACUUCGUGAAGACACAAUUAUAAAAGCUCGUAAAGUUGAUUUUCCUACUCGACCAGCUGUCUCAAACGAAGCGAAGGAUUUUAUACGACGUUGUUUGACAUAUAGCCAAGCAGAGAGACCUGAUGUUUUAACGAUAGCUCAAGAUCCAUACCUAACAUAUUCAAAGAAGUAAGUAUGGUUCUUGGAGAUCCACAUUACAGGAAUUAACAAGUCGCAUCUUUCAACAGCAAGCCAGGAAAGCAUAGGUGACUCAUGGAAACUGUAAACACAGCAAAGGGCCGGUCUGCCAUUAAUGGUUGAUCAGAGAGGGGUCCUUUUGAGUGAUAUAAACUUGAGUGACUUGAAUUCUCCUGUCCUAUCUCCAAUCCAAAUAAUUGGAGGUUUGGCUAAGUGGCCCUUUGGGUUCAGUAAGGGCAGGGUGACCUACAAUCCAUGUGGUGGUGGUGUGUGUGUGUGUGUUCAGUGUUGUGAGAAUGGGCUAGAUAGAUAGAUGCCCCUAAAAUGGGGGGAAGUUUUGCUUUUCUUUUGUUCGCCUUUCGGAAAAUGAUUGAUUUUGAUGUAUUAAAUAUUUUCUUUAGUUCACAUGGCAUUGCAUUUCUACCAA